CGAAGAGCUCGGAAAGGGGGCUUUCUCAGUGGUGAGAAGAUGUAUGAAAAUCCCUACUGGUCAAGAAUAUGCUGCCAAAAUCAUCAACACCAAGAAGCUGUCUGCCAGGGAUCAUCAGAAACUGGAAAGGGAAGCCAGAAUCUGCCGUCUUCUCAAGCACCCCAACAUCGAGUGACGGGCGGGGAACUGUUUGAGGACAUCGUGGCGAGAGAGUACUACAGCGAGGCCGACGCCAGUCACUGCAUCCAGCAGAUCCUGGAGAGCGUGAGCCACUGCCACCUCAACGGCAUCGUGCACAGGGACCUGAAGCCGGAGAAUCUGCUAUUGGCCAGCAAGUCCAAGGGGGCGGCCGUGAAGCUGGCUGACUUCGGCCUCGCCAUCGAGGUUCAAGGGGACCAGCAGGCGUGGUUCGGUUUCGCUGGCACGCCCGGGUACCUGUCUCCAGAGGUGCUGCGGAAGGACCCCUACGGGAAGCCGGUGGACAUGUGGGCCUGCGGCGUCAUUCUCUACAUCCUGCUGGUGGGGUACCCCCCGUUCUGGGACGAGGACCAGCACAGACUCUACCAGCAGAUCAAGGCCGGAGCUUAUGACUUCCCAUCACCAGAGUGGGACACGGUGACUCCCGAAGCCAAAGACCUCAUCAACCGCAUGCUGACCAUCAACCCCGCCAAGCGCAUCACCGUGCGAGCGCUGAAGCACCCGUGGAUCUGCCAACGCUCCACGGUGGCCUCCAUGAUGCACAGGCAGGAGACGGUGGACUGCCUGAAGAAGUUCAACGCGCGGAGGAAGCUCAAGGGCGCCAUCCUGACCACCAUGCUGGCCACCAGGAACUUCUCAGCGGCCAAGAGUCUGCUGAAGAAGCCGGACGGAGUGAAGGAACCCCAAACCACUGUGAUCCACAGCCCUGACGGAAACAAGGAGUCCACGGAGAGCUCCAACACCACCAUCGAGGACGAAGACGUGAAAGCUCGGAAGCAGGAGAUCAUCAAGGUCACAGAGCAGCUGAUCGAGGCCAUCAACAACGGGGACUUCGAGGCGUACACGUGAGUGCGGGCUGCGUGGCGGGCGGGCGUCCUCCGCACCCAGUUCAUGGGGUAACCCAGGCUCCCGUGUCAGCAACAGCCUUAGUUCAAGGGAUGAAGGACUCACAUGCCCAGGAAUCAAUAGGGGUCAGGGUUUCAGGAGACGGGCUUCUG